AGAAGAAGAAGAAGGGAGGGAGGCAGGGAGAUAAGCCACAACAGGAAGCAAAACGACACACGCGUACACACACCGUGUUUGUGUGUGUGUGUGUCUGAGAGGGAGACUGCGCGAACGAGAGGGUGAACAGGAAAGGAAGGAAGGGAGGGAGAGUGACGCGGAGGCUGGGAGAGCCGGCCCCCCCCUCCUCCUCUCCUCCUCUCCCUCUCUUUCUCUCCUCUCCUCCUCUCCUCCCCUCCCUCUCUCUCUCUCUGUGGAGCAGGCGUGUAGCGGCAUCAGACUCGGCGUGAAGGAACCAUGAGCGAUGUCACCAUCGUUAGAGAGGGAUGGCUCCAGAAACGGGGUGAAUACAUAAAGAACUGGCGGCCGCGUUACUUCCUGUUGAAGACAGACGGCUCCUUCAUCGGCUACAAAGAGAAACCUCAGGAUGCAGACUUGCCCUACCCCCUAAAUAACUUCUCUGUAGCAAAAUGCCAGCUGAUGAAGACGGAGAGGCCGAAGCCCAACACCUUCAUCAUACGCUGCCUGCAGUGGACCACCGUUAUCGAGAGGACCUUUCACGUGGACUCGCCUGAUGAGAGAGAUGAGUGGACAGAGGCCAUCCAGAUGGUGGCUGACAAGCUGCAGAGACAAGAAGAGGAAAGGAUCCAGUGCAGCCCCACCUCCAACAUCGACAACAUGGUCGAGGAAGAGAUGGACAUCUCCACCACACACCACAAACGCAAGACAAUGAGUGACUUUGACUACCUGAAGCUGCUGGGAAAGGGAACCUUCGGUAAAGUGAUUCUUGUCCGGGAAAAGGCCAGUGGGAAAUAUUAUGCCAUGAAAAUCCUUAAAAAAGAAGUCAUCAUAGCCAAGGAUGAAGUGGCUCACACACUCACAGAGAGCAGAGUACUGAAAAACACCAGACACCCCUUUCUCACUUCAUUGAAGUAUUCAUUCCAGACUAAAGACCGCCUCUGUUUCGUCAUGGAGUAUGUGAAUGGAGGAGAGCUGUUUUUCCAUUUGUCCAGAGAGCGGGUGUUCUCAGAGGAGCGCACGCGCUUCUAUGGCGCCGAGAUCGUCUCGGCUCUUGACUACCUGCAUUCAGCCAAGAUUGUGUACCGGGACCUCAAGUUGGAAAACUUGAUGCUGGAUAAAGACGGCCAUAUCAAGAUCACUGAUUUCGGCCUCUGCAAGGAGGGCAUCACAGACGCUGCUACCAUGAAGACUUUCUGUGGCACGCCCGAGUACCUUGCACCUGAGGUCCUGGAGGACAACGACUACGGUCGGGCGGUGGACUGGUGGGGUUUAGGUGUAGUGACGUACGAGAUGAUGUGCGGCCGACUGCCGUUCUACAACCAAGACCACGAGAAGCUGUUUGAGCUCAUCCUCAUGGAGGACAUAAAGUUCCCGCGAACUCUGUCGUCAGAUGCCAAGUCCCUGCUGUCAGGCCUGCUCAUCAAAGACCCCAACAAACGGCUUGGUGGAGGACCAGAUGACGCUAAAGAAAUAAUGAGACACAGUUUCUUCUCUGGCGUUGACUGGCAGGAUGUCUAUGAUAAAAAGAUGGUCCCUCCCUUCAAGCCUCAGGUGACGUCGGAGACAGACACCAGAUACUUUGACGAGGAGUUCACAGCCCAGACCAUCACAAUCACUCCACCAGAGAAAUUUGAUGAGGACGGGAUGGACUGUCUGGAUAACGAGAGAAGACCGCACUUCCCACAGUUCUCCUACUCUGCCAGCGGGCGGGAAUGAACUGUCCAUCACGGUGACAUCAUCACAGCUGUUCUCUGAGGUCAUCAGUGUGGGACAAAAAGACCCACAGCUUUGGACCGACCCAGAAAGACUUGAAGGAUUUUGCCCUUCUCCUCCUCUCCUCUUUCUCCUCCUCUCUUUUUCACCUCUGCAGUCUGCUUAUUGAUUUCUUUUUUAUUUUUUAUUUUUAUGAAUCCCUUUUUAGAGAGAACUUCCAGGCAAAAUUACUUUCUAAUCCCGCACUGCAACCCUUGGUGAUCCAAACUGUGAUGUGAUCAGUUACUAUGUAAUUUCCCUUUAAUGACAGGAGCAUCACCGGUGCCCUGCUGUGCUUUGACAUGUGUCAGUCCUGCCAAACUCUAAAAAACAAAAACAACAAACUUCUGAUCAAGUUUGAAAAAAAAGCAUUUUUAAGGAGACGUUUUUGUCGCUUCUUAUCUGUAAGAUGGAGCAUUUUAAGUCAUUCAAACCUAAACUGCCGUUACCGGUUGUAUCUCAGGCUUUUGCAAACAGACGGAUACUCUCGGACUCCGAGAGAGAGACACUCGGGUCUGGUUUCAAAUCCUAACCUAAAUAAUUCUGGGAUUGAUUGAGGCUGCCUGGCAUUGAGGGAGCAGUUGUCAUCAGUGAGCAGAAUCCUGCACAGCUCACGUUGUCGAGCAGGAUUUGACUCAGGUUUUGCUCAGUGCAAUUCAUUAUCGUUGUUGCUGCUAUUUCAACUACUACUACAAUUACUACAGGUACUACUACUACUACUACUACUACUGCUAUACUGCUACUACUAAAACCCGGUGCUACACUACUAGCUUAAUGCUGCAGGUCAUUAUACAGGCGCCAGCAACACAUCAACCACCUGUAUUAACGUCUAUGCUUGUACAGCUGCAGAACAGGUGUUGCUAUUACUCCUAAUGUACUGCUAUCACACAUCAACUCUGUAGAUGAUAGGAUGUAAUUUGUGUGUGUGUGUGCGUGUGUGUGAGAGAGAGUGACUAUUAAGAGUUUGUGUUUAAGAACGCACCUCAAAGCACAGCAGUUCAAAAGGAUGAAGCCCCCAAACCACAAGCUUUACUACAUUACCCACAAUGCAGUGCAAGGUGGUUGUUAUAUCCAUCAAUGUGGAGGUGAAAAAUGAGAGGAUAACAUGGUUUGAAUGUUUCCCCCAGAGUUUUUUUUUAUUUUUUUUAUUAAUUUAUUUAUUUCAACCCCUCUGAGUUCAAAUCUUUUCUGUCCCAAAAAGGAAAACAAAAAACGGUACUUUUGUUUUGAUGAUGAAGCUUUACUGUGACAUGUUGUUGUCACAGCUUUGGGAAACCACACGGCUGUACCUCUCUGUGUUUGUGCAGGAAAGGGAAACUGCAGCAAGAACAGAUUCACCACAGAGUGAAAAGAGGCCAGGAUGGCAGGUUGGGCAUUUGUGAUGAGAAGAGAGAGAAAAAAAGAGCGAGAGAGCACAGGUGAAAAGCUCCAAGAAUGAUAAAAUAUUUAUAAUGUGAUUAUUUAUGACGUAUUGAUGAGUGAGGUAACAGCAGAUUUCCUGUUUCCUGUGAGAUUCUUAUGAAGGAUUGUUUUUAAAAAAAAGACGUUAUGGUCUGUGAGGAGGUACGCAACAGUUAUGGGUUUACACCAAUCACAGCAAUGGCUAUAAUAUAUAUAUGUUCUAUUUAUUGUUCUACUCAUCGGUUUUAUAUUUAACUUUUUCUAUUGUUAUUACAUUAUUCUAGAAAAAAAUAUUUCUUAGGGCUGAGAGAAGAAAAAAAAAUGGCACCUCAAGAAACAAAAAUGGCUGAAGAAUGUAGGAGGGAAAGCAGAUAGCCUUCCUGCUCCAUUGUUUAUUUAAAUUAUGUUUUUGUGUUGUUUUGUGACCAAAAUGUGACAGCAGAGAGGUGACGGGACACAUUAAGGACAGAUGGUAGUUGACUGUGAGCUUAAAGGAGGUAAAAACAUUUUUUUUAAAGCAGAAAUUUCUUUAUUUAAUCACCCUUUCUUCUUUAAAAUCAUCCCACAGGUGUUUACUGAAGGCUCAUUUGCUUAUUGACACAAAUGUUGCCCAUAUUUAAUCUCACCACAGGUGUGAAGGCUGAGACAGAGAGUUCAGAGAGAAAGAUGAAAUGGAAGUUGAGCAGAAAGAAUACAAGUGCAGCACAGAAGUCUGAAUGUAAAGGAGUAAGGAUGGAGGAGAUUCGAUACUGAACUGUAAGUGCUACUGUUUACUGUAAGUGUGUCGAGACAGAGUGAAGGAGAAAGAUAUGUUUGUCAGUCAGUUCUUUAGAUUGUAGAUGAGAAAGAGCAUUUUCCUGCCUUUAUUUAAAAAAAUUGGGAUGAUCAGAGUCACUGUCCGUCUUUAAUGUGCGCCGUCACUUCUCAGGCCUGGACUUUGUUUGUUUGCGUCGUCAUGUCUUCCAGUCUGACCAACAACAUUUAAAAUCCCCUCGAUUUCUCUGUCUUCAAAUGCCAGUAAGCCUUAUGGUUUAAAACUUUGACAUCCAGCACUUCAGAGUACAAAAAAAAAAUCACAAGAUGUGAGGAAAUAUAUUUUUAGAAAUUUGAAUUUUCAACUGCAUCUUUAAAAAACAAACAAACACGUUAUAAUGUGGAAGACCUUCAAUAUCUGGAUGACAGAUUGAAAGAGAGCAGUAAGGGGAUGUGCUCUCUUUAGGUGUGGGAAAAUGUAUUCCAAUAUUUAUUAUUUGAAUGUUUUUAUUAUUAUCACUGUUGGAUAACUUGAAUUUCUUUUCUAUUUAAUUUAUUUGGUGUCAUCUUGUUUUGGAGUUUAGCAGUACGGGGGUGUAGUUGUGUUUCACUCUGCAGUUUAAGUCUUCAGAGAUUUUGUUCUAAAAAUAAAUGCCUCCUUUUUUUUCUUUACAGAAAUCUCUUAUACGACACAUUACCUGUUUUUCCGCUGCUCUUAAGUCCGUACGCUUUACACUUGCACAUCCAUUAAAUUGCUAUUAGCUGGCAAAGGCGCUUUAUGGCAGAAAGAAGAAAAGGAUGGCGCUGGCCUGCAUGCUGUAGUCCUCUGUCCGCACUACCAGUCCUGAGUCAAAGUAGCAGUCAGAACUCUUAUGAAAAAUACUUCUCUGUGAUCGAUUGAGCCUGUCUGGCACAACUGACGCAGACGACUAGUUCAAAAUGAGUACAAUUCCCACCCAGCUGGCACCCUCGACAGGCUCAAGCAAAACACUCCCAAGUAUUUGGAAGGAUUUCAGCUUUGAUUUGACCCAGGUCUGCAAGCGACUGAGGAGUUCUAGCUGUAUGUGCACGCUUACCGCCAAAAUCAUUAGAAACCAGAGUUCAUGAAAUACCGCUUUGUAGCUUUGGCCACAGCACUUUCACAUCCAUCACUUUUUAUAUGAUUCAGAGGAAUCUGAUUCAGCCCUGCUUUAAAGGAAGAUUUUUAGCCUUUUUUAUGUUUUUAAGAAAGUGAGGAUUUUUAAAGCACAUCUCCCCUCCACAUACAACCGAUGGCUUUGAUGUUGCUCUGAUGUCUGGAGUUGGCAGGACCUGGGUGAUUGUGUCCCACAUGCCAGAGACGAGUCAGUGCUGCCACUGCAGAAUCACACUCAGUGGAAAUGUUCAGUGAUUUGGUCAGUCUUCAUAAACUAAAAAUGUUUGGAAAACUCCACUGAUGUCACAGACUCCUUCUCCACUGCUGUUUUUGAAAAGUUUUUUC